AUGUGGGCUUUUCUCCUGCUUCUUACUGUUUGCUCCAGUAUUGAAGUAUACAUUGUCCCACACUCACAUUGUGAUCCUGGGUGGAUUGAAACAGUGAAAUGGUAUUAUGACCGACAAGCUCGAAGCAUACUGAAUAACAUUGUAGUCAUCUUGCAAAAAGAUCCAAGAAGAAAAAUAGUGUGGUCCGAAACAUCUUUCUUGAAGAUAUGGAUGGAAGAGAUAACAGAUGCCAAGAAGGACCUUUUCAGACAGUUCGUGAAAAAUGGACAAAUCGAGUUUGUGGGAGGCGGGUUUGUCCAAAAUGAUGAAGCCAACCCAGAUUUUGAAAUGGUCAUAAGGCAAUUAGAAACUGGCCAUCAAUAUCUCAACCAGGAAUUUGGCAUUAACAGAGUUAAGGUCGGCUGGCAAAUAGAUCCGUUUGGCCACUCUGCCCUGACACCAAGUCUAUGGUCGAAAUUUGGCUAUGAGUACUUGGUGACUAACAGAAUCAACAUCCUGAUGAGAGAUGAGCUUGUGAGAGAAGGAAACAUUGAAUUCUUAUGGGAAGGCGUCAAUUUUGGGUAUAACGAGUCUAUUUUCACUCACAAUUUAUAUGACCAUUAUGACCCUCCUCCAAUGCUGCACCCUUACAAAAAUCACUGUUUUACUAAGAACAACCUCAGUGACGAGCUUCUCAGCAGAUGGUAAGAUAUAUUUAGUAUGAAGCUUUUGAAUGAACUAGCCAAGACAAGGAGAUCAGCCUACAAGCAUGAUAAACUUAUGCUUCUCUAUGGAGACGAUUUCUAUUAUAUGAACUCUGACGAGGCUGAAAAGCUUUAUCAAAGAAUUGAGGCAUUAAGAGAUUAUGCAGAAAGGUCAAAUGAAUACCCAGGACUGAAGAUAAAAAUCGCUACUGCCAGUGAAUAUUUCGAAGCAGUCAAAUCAACAAGUCCUAAGCUGUCAGUGUACAAAGGAGAUUUAUUGCCUUAUGUGAACUUCAGAGCUGGGAGAGAGCCUGCGCAUUGGACUGGUUAUUACACAACGAGGCCUCACUUAAAACAGACUAUUUAUUAUACACAUAAACUAGUUAGGGCUACAGAAAUAGUUUUGGCACUGAGCAAAGGAGCUUCUUUUUUCGCUGGAGAAUCCAGUUUAGCUUUGCAUCAUGAUGCUAUCACAGGGACUUGCAGACCACAAGUGGUUGAGGACUAUACAGAGCGUUGUAUAGAAGAGCAGAAAAAAGCUAUCAGUGCCAUUAAUGACGCUAUACAAGACCGAUUUUCAAGUGCAGAGACAAGUUUUGAAUUAGCGAUUCCUUAUAGAGUUCUGAUUGUUUAUAACCCACUUAACUGGGCAAAAACAAAUCUCUUUAGCCUGGAAGCUGAUGAGAAUGUUUUUAUCCAAAUAAAAAAUUGGCAAGGAGAAUACGUUUCUUCUCAGUCAGUAAAAAGCAUCCUUGGGAAUAAGAAAACAGUCUAUGCAAAGAUCGAAGUCCCAGCGCUUUCAUUUGUCACGCUAUUUGUCAACGAAUAUACAGAAAGCUGUGAACAUUGUGACAAGAGUUCAGAACAGCAAGAAAAUGGCAAGACUAUAAGUGACAAGCAUUUCAUAAUAAACCUUAAUGACUUUGGAAUGGUCCAAAACAUCAAAAAAUCAGGCAAAAAAUACGACUUAAAGCAGACCUUCUGGACUUACUACGGGUCUCGAGGAGGAGCUUACAUUUUCCACCCCACGAAUAAUGGUAAUGAAAUCAAUGAUCUCAGCCUAGACAAAAUCAUAGUCUCCAAAGGGCCUUUACUAGAAACUGUAGAGGUGGUAUGGAGAAGAGAAAGAAAGACUUGGGAUGCUGACUAUUACUAUCAAAAAAUAAUUUUAUAUGGAGAACCCCGAUUUAUUUGGAAAUUUGGGCUUUUCGCUACCAGUAAUGAAGAAAUUCUUGUAAGGUUUUCAAGUGACAAUAUAACUGGCGAUAAGUGGCUAUUGACCUCAAACUCAGGAGACCUGAGAGAAAGGAAGUAUUUCCAAGAAACUGCAAGCAAAAAAGGAUCGAAUAUGUACCCAGUCCCAGGUGGCUUUGCUGUCGAUAUGGGCAAAGAGUAUUUAAAAAUUUUCCCCAAGUUUUCUAAUGGAGUAGCUAUGGUCGACAAUUCCUCUUUUGAGCUCCUUCUUCACAGACAUCUAGGCCAAGACGAUAACUUUGGGCUUGCUUAUGGGGUUGAUGACUAUAUGUUCCUUCAUUACCACUUUGAAGUCGAACUAGGCGAACUCACACACAGAAGCUAUUGGAAAUCCUACCUAGAAGCCAAAGCUGAUAUCUAUGCUUUUCCCCUCAUAAACUUCGAUGAGUUCUCGAUAUCAGGAGAAGCUUGGUCUAGCGGUGUCCAAAUUAACCAAACUUGGGACAAAGAAACCAUCUACUCUUUAGGCUUCAACCAUUCAGAUAUUUAUCUAUCAAGCGCUGUAAUUAAAAACAGUCAGCUGGUUAUGAGAGUGAUGAACCUUAAGGACGCAGCCCAAAGCUUGUAUGUCAAAGGUUUCCAGUUUAUGAAGAAAAAGCUGUUUGAUGGCUUUUUAGAUGCAUCGUCUGUUCAGGUCUCGUGGAAAAGAGGCAAAGAGUUUGAGUACAGCCAGAAGCCAGACACAAGCAUGCCGAAAUCCUUACCUAGAAGCGAUGAAGACUCAAAGAAAGGCAAGGCUAUGCUUCAUCCUUUUGAGUUUUCAACUUUUAACGUGAAAAUUGUGCCAGCUGGAGAAGAGCAAGAAGAGGGUAAUGAAGAAGAAGUCAUUGAAGAAACAGAGGGCGAGCUUGAGAAGACAGAAGGAGAUACUCCAUUAGUGACAGAGAGGCCAGGAGUUUCGCAAGCAAGCUUUGAUGAUAUUCAAAGACUAGAAUACGCUAUCGUGUUUUCGCUGACUGGAAUUGCUUUGAUCAGCAUUAUUUUGCAUUUUAAAUCUAAAGGGAAAAGGAAAGGAAUCGAUUAA